AUGGCGGUGCCGCGCGAAGGGUGGAAGGCGACGGACUUUGUAGUGGACGACAUGGUGUACUCCAGCAUCGACGUGCUCAUAAUGGACGCCCUACGACACCUACAAUGCUUGGAGAAGGAUAGCACGCUCAGGCUGUACACCGCGUUCAUCUACCACUACAAGAAGUGGGCGGCGAAGAUGCUGAAGCAGAUACGCGACAAGCUACCCCAUGAGCAACGACUUAGGCACGUCGACGAGAUCGGCCACUACAUCCGCGACAACAAGAAAAAGGAUUGGUGCAACGAGAAAGUGGUCCGCCGACAGUACAUCUGGCUGCACGGCCCUAGGGUCACCGAAACCCGGCUGCGCGCCUACGUGAAGCAAAUGAGCCGUGAGUGUAACCUCAUUGUUGACCAGCCCGGGGAGGAGAACAAUGCCACGCGAACGGGGCCUGUGAGGUCGACAACUGUGCACACGAUCCUCGGGCGCAUAAAGGCAUGCCAGAUGGCGGCGAGGGUGGAGGCGACGCUGUACCGAGAGAAGGAGCUGGGCAUCAUGAGGGAGAUCUCGGUGGUCAGAUCGGAGGUGCGGUUCAACGUCCGCCACAAGAACGAGAGGGACAUCAAGAACUGCGCCGACCGUCGACGCGGCACCAUCGGCGAUACCUACACCGCCGAGCAGUUCCGCCAGAUCAUGAUGAGGGUGCUGCCGACAUGGGCGGCGGCGGCGUGGAACCCGCGGGCAACCACUCCGUCGCAGACGCUGUGGCGAUUCCUGCUCGUCAAGGUGCUCACGCUACUCUCCCACCACUCUCUCCUGCGCGGCGCCAGCAUCCGCGAGAUCACGCUACCCGACGUCUUCUUGUACCACCUGGCGAGCACCUCGGAGGUGAACCCGGAUAGCCAGCCGGUCGUCAUGGUGAUCGCCGCGCGUAACUCGAAGACUUCCAAGGAUGCCCGUCUUCAGCAGAGCUACGCGGCGCGACACCUGGAAGCGGAGCUGUGCGCCGUCGGCGAGACCGGCCUGUGGCUGCACUUCAUCCUCGACCAGAUCGGUCAGUUCUCCGGCACCGACUUCCUUCCGCCGCUUGACACCACUGAACGCGGACGCUGGUACAAGAAGCAUCUCUUCUUCGCCAAAAACGACAAGGAGCAGGAGGAGCUGCCCGCCGCCACCCACCAACGUUGGACUCGGCAGAUGUGGACGACAAACAAGGUGUUCUGCAAAAGGAACGUGCACGUCGCCCGCGCCGGAGGUGCGCAGGAGCUAGCCAUCGGAGGGACGGCGCGCGCCGAGAUCGCCGAGCUGGGACACUGGGCUCUCGACAAGAUGACGCGUGCGUACAUCACGGCCAUUCCCGUUGGGGUGGUGAUGCGGAAGGCCGGCUACUCGGGACUCAAGCAAGACUACUUCUUGGGGCACAGCAGGGUCGAGCCCUCCGACAAACUCCUGGACCUGCUCGCCGAGCACAUCUUCCCCGGCGUGGAUGCUAUGUUGCGCGAUGCGGAGACGCGUGCCGUCAACGGGAGCGACGCCGACAAAGCCGCAGUGCACUUCUUGCGCACCCUCGUGAUGUUCCGACGCAUCGUCGCCGAGGACCUCGCGGUGAAGCUCGUCCGCACACCGUGGCACCCGUACGUCCAAGAAGCCCGGAGGAUGCCGGCGGCGCCGCCGUCGGCGACCGAGCAAGCUCCGGGCGAGGGUGGCUCCGCGGAUUCGGCCAACACGGUGACCGGAGCCAAGAGAGAUGAUGGGAAACCCCCGCCACCCCCCCAGACGGCAGAGGAGGCCAGUUACGAGCUCAACGUGGUGCAACCUUGGCGGGAUUCAAAGACCGUGCGGGACGCUUGGCGCCUCUGGAACUCCGCCACCGCCAAUGACACCCGUCGUCUUUGCGACAGGGUCGCCGAGCCGGGGUUCAUCGACCGCCACACCCUCCUCAAAGGCGCGACCCAGGGUGCACUCAACAUGAGGGUGCGCCGCAUGCUGAAGGCCAUGGAUGCGGUGCGCCAGCUACGCGCAAGCGACGGCGAUGCCGACACCGAAGCCGUGGUCGAUGCACUGAACACAAUCGCGGCACCGGGCAUUGGGACCUUCUGCGAUGCCCUCACGGUGCUCAACCCGGAGACGGCACCGACGAUGUCCAAGGAGCCUGGCAUGGACGUCAAGGGGCUUGCCCCCAAGGUGGUCUCGAAGCUACGCCUCGCCUGUGCGCUGGUGGCGCUCGAGCUGAAGCCGACGACGUGGGUCGACCGCCUGUUUCCAGACACUUGGGUGGUGCAGAUGCCGAAGACCGUGGCCGACUUGGCCAAGCAGACCGCACCUGCGCAGCGUCCUCCGUCAAAGCGCAAGAAGUCGGCAUGA